CGAGCGCGAGCACCAAUGGCGUCGAUCUCGAGCUUGGAUUUGGGAAAGAUCGUGCCCGGCGCCGGCUUCCUCCUCCACCGCCACGCCGCCGUUCCCAGCGCCCCUGUUCUCCGGGGGAGGAGCGCGAGCGGGCGGUGCGGCCUCGCUGUCUCGGUCUCGUUCUCCAAUGGUUCAGCUGGGCUCUCCCCACUGAGUGACUCGGAGAAGAAAUGCCCUGUGGUGAUGGAGAUCCCGCUGGAAGAUAUCCGGAGGCCGCUAUUUCAAACGCGUGCUAAUGAUCCCGAUAAGGUGCAGGAGCUCAUCGACAGCAUCCGUGUCAUCGGCCUCCAAUUGUCUGAGGACGUUUGUGCUAUGGUUGAUUGA